UCGAGUAAAGAUCGGUUGUGGGUUUUGCGCGUACAGUGUUUUGUUCUUGGUUAUGUGUGAUUGAUUUGUUCUGGGAUUAUAGACGAAAUCGACCACUAGAAGAACGAUCCAAUUUUGGAAACAAGUGCUAUAAACUGUGUAUAAAAAAGUGCCGAGAUAACAACCCGAUUGGAUUAGAAUAUUUGUUGACGAGUGCAAUCUCAGUUUAAUGAUGAUGUUGAAACUGUUGAUAGCGGCAUGGCUCAUUACGCACAGCCUCGGACGACCAGAUGUUUCCCACCUGUUUAAACAGAAUCAAACCGGCCAACGGCUGAGACAACAGAACAAGUCUAGCUUCCUGGAGUAUUUGGAUUCGCUGAAUGGAACUAAUGUCAAUGAACUUAACGCGCAAGCUAGUUCAGGGUUUGACAGUAGAAACGGGCAGUUAAGAGAAUUCAUUCAACCCUCGCCUUUCAAGAGAAACACGGAAGAGCAGGGUUAUACAUAUGAAAAGCCGACAGUCGGUCCGUUUGAUUAUCCAGUCAAUCCGGAUGCUAAUCUCAUCAAACCAGUUUCCACUCAAGCUCCAGAAUAUCUGCCACCAUCGGAGCUGGAGUCGUUUACAAGUACUGUCGAUAAGAACUUGGUGAUUUCCAGUUCCCAAGCGCCAGCAGCACAGCAGUCGUAUCCAGAAUCAACGUAUAGUCUUGUCGUUGUUGGUGAAAACGGUGAUCAUAGUUCGACCUCGAAACCAGUGGAUAUAUACAAUGUUCAGCCCUCAACUCAGCCACAGGAUGGUUACAGUAAACAAGAAGAAUUCACUUCACGUGGACCUACGCAAGAAUCCGUUACACAAACUGAUGCUAUUGGAUCUAGAUUUGAAAAUGGUUACACGGGGUAUACACAGGAACCAAUGGCUUCCACGCUUGAUACAUUCAAUGGACAGGAACCCGUUGAAGGGGAUAAUGGUUAUAGUUAUGUGAAACCAGAUCAACCACAAAUUCCUAAUCUGGACGAAAAAAUCGGGGAGCCCUUAGAUAUUAACGAGCUAGCGACAACUACCGCAGUGCCGGUGACUACUCGAAAAUACAACGGUCAUAUCAUUCCUCCAAAGCCACUAUCGGAAUUGAAUGGUCCCACACAGUAUAGUACUCCGCAAGCCCCUGAAGAAACGUACGCCCCUGUGACCGCAUCGGUGCAAAUAACAACUCGUUCGGAUCUCGGGAAUGUGGGAUCUACCUCUGCCCCAGAAUACCUUCCCCCUGACGGCUCCCACGCUACUGAAGGACAAGGUGAAGUCCCAGAGAAACCUCAGUCAUACGACCAAAACAUUUCCAACAGAUUUGAUCAGGAUACUACCACUGUUGGAUAUAACCAGGAAACCGCAGCAACCUCAGGCUAUCCAGACAUUAGUCAAGACAAUAAAGUUGAUUCAGGAUCCUUCAGUUCUUCACAAGGCACUACCCCUGCUGAUGUUGGUUAUACAAGUUUAAAUCAGGAAACAUUUGCUCCUGAAAGUGCCUCAGUAUCAACUGUACCUGCUGAACGCCCGUCUUCUUCCAGCUCAGAGUCAACAUCAGUUCCAGAGUACACUUCUAUUGGUCAACCUUCAACUUACGAGCCAUUCAAUGAUGCACCUGCGGAUGGAUUCACUCCCUCCUACCGACCUAAUAAUGAACCUCUGUAUUCGACUGUUACCUCUGGCCAAUAUGACUUGCCAACUUCCACAUCAGCUCCAGAUUACUUACCACCCGGAUCAGAAAAGCCGGAAGGUUUCCACCUUCCGUCAGCAGGUAUCAACGAUGGUGGUUUCACCUCACCUACAGAGCAGCCGAACUAUUCGGGCGUUCCAUCCGCAAACCGACUGAACAUCCCAACCGAAACAUCGAUUGCACCUACAGACAGCAGAAAUGCACCCGUAACAAGCCCUGAAUCAGAAAACGACGUUGGAUUUUCAAUCGUGGUUGAGGAAAGUACUUCCUCUGUACCGUUGGAGUUGUCGUCGAGCGCAGCCACCUCUGAACCACGACUGGCCAGUACCGUUGAUGACACAAUCACAACUUACCAUCCGAGCUCCACACAUAAACCACUCGUCGAAUCGGAAGCGGAAGAAUCCGAACUGAAACCCCGCGUCUCGAUUGACAGCCCAACCACAGCCUAUGAGGUACAGCAGCCGACGGAGGGCACACAGCGGCCAUCGCCGGCGGGACCCUCGCACACGCUCGAGAGCGAUGGUUAUCACUAUAAGAUACCCAGCAUUCCCUUCCCCUAGGGCCGAGGACAAGGUAUCAUCCUCAACUCAAAGUGCAUCCAUUUCCCUCACGCCACCCCUGAUGAGAGCAUUACGAAAGACCUUUUGAAAGACGGACACCACGACUUAUUAACUUAACGGACUGAACUGAAAGCUAGCGCCAAGUUAUUUAUUUUGUUUUCAUCGUUAAUAUUUUUCUAACACCAUAUCUUUUCUCUCGUUUCGAUCGACGGGAUGAAGGGGACAAUAGGUAGUUGUCAUCAGAUGUUGCCGAGGGCGAUUGGGGUGCUGCAUGCAACAUGCGGAAUAUAAUUCAUGCGAUUAUAUAAUUCAAAAUGCUGCUGAAAACAAUUGGUGAUUUGCUCAGCUUCAAUGCCCAAUUUGUGCGCGAUAUGUUGUGCUGAAAGGGGGAACAGAUCUCGAAAAGUGCAACAGUUGCAACACAUAUUUGUUGCCUCCCCAAUAGGAUGGCAUUGGGCUGACGGGGGUUAUCUCGGGGGUUUAUCCGGUCGAAGAGGUUAUGGCAGUGACAAACGUAAACGUUGAAUCUCUAUAUUCGAGAUCUGCUCCACUGUUUGGUAUCGAGUGAGAGGAGCAUGAUUAUGUUGAAAACGGUGCGUUGAUGUGUUGUUUAAAUACAAAAAACUUAAUAACAAUUAAUUAAUUGGGGUUAUUGCUGAAUUUUUGAAUCUAUUUUCUUCUAUUGCUUCUACGAGAUUCUUACAUUGAAACAGAUCCUUUAAUACUUCUGACUCAUAUGGUUCGUUUUGAAUUAUAUCUACACAUAAAAUGAUUAUGGGCCCUAUUCCAGAAAACGAGCCGAGUAAUUCGUCUCGUCUCGGCUUCAGUCACUGUCGAGACGAGCAAAAUAUCCUAUUCCAGCACAUGAGUUUCAUUGAAAUCUUUUAUUUGGUAGACUGGAAAGACUUCUGUCACAUUUCCUCGGUAUGAUCAGUGAUGUCAGAUGUGAAGAUAUGUUUUUAUUCCGAGAAAAUGAUUCUCACAUAAAGUUGAUCAAACGAGACUGUUUUCUCAGUGCCAAAAUCCUAAAAUCAUAACAAAGAGGAAUAAGUUUCAUAUAUCUUUUUUGUUUUGACGACAUUUUUUCACCAGCAUAUGGUUUCAUCGCUCACACGUUUCGUUAUUAUGGAGUUAUUGAGGCCAAUGUUUAUUCACCUAAGCAACGAUUUAUAAAUGAAAAUUUCAAAUCUCUAUGCAUGUAUUUCCCUUAAUAGUUGCACAAUAAAGUACUCUAGUUUUUCACAUGCAUAGUAACAAACUUCGAAACAUCUAGAUACGAUGAUUGAAACACAUUAUAUAAAAUAAGAAUCAGUAGAAAAACAUUGUUUUAUCAAAAAAAUCUCAGAAAAUGAGUCCUAAUUUUUUUUUGUUCUAUAUGAUUAUGACGACACUUUUCGUGCAGUGUAAAUAUUUUCAAAACAAACACCUGGCAUCCCUGGUUAUGAUGUUCAAUGUUUACAUUUUGUUGUGGUGUUUGUAAAAUGCCCAUUUAAAAAUCUGUAAAAAAAAUCAAAUGGCUGAAUUAAAUUUUUGUGGUUGCAGUUAAAACAUAUAGGGUAACACGGGGUGAUUUGGACCACCCUUUUAUCUCAAAAAGUACGGCUCGACUUGGAUUUUUUUAAAAUGUCAUCACCUUCUAGUGUUGAACCGUAUGUACCUAACGUAAAAAAAAAUUGGUAAAACUCGACAAGUGGAAGGAAACGGUAGCAUGAACACAACAAGCACUGAGUUUUCGAUCGUGGGUUUUAGUGUUUUCCCGCUGAAUAAACAAACUUUUCGUGUAUUGUGCAGUAAAGUUUUGUUCGUCUACAGAAAAGGAACAUUUUGAUGCAGCGAAACUGUAAGUUUGAUAACAAUAAAUGAAUGUAAUUGCAUUUUAUUUUUUGCAUGUUGUGUGGGGUGAUUUGGUCAUGUUUCCGUGGCAUUCGUCCUUGUAGAUUUGUUCGUUGUCGUUCCUAGAUGCAAUGAAGGACUGACCUAUUUUGCCAACUUCACAUGUCGCUUGUCAGAUAGAAUUACGCUAGAAUCGUAUUUCUUAAACCACUCUUUGGAACGGUGUUCUUAGAGGUGGCGACAUAGUGUUUCAAUCCCGUAUAGCUUUGAUGUAGGACUCAUCACCCAAUACAGUGUAGAACGGAUUUGUGUUUUCCCGUUUUGAUGUCUUACGAACUUUGUAUACCAUUAGUCCACAAAACGAUUCUUGGUUCUUUUAAACAAAACGUAAUGAAUCUUCUUCUGUUUUGCCACAUUUCAAAUCGAAAUGUUGACUGGACGCUUGAAUCAGUUCAAUGCUCGUUCAAAUUCAUUCUCGUUUGAAUUUGCCUUUUUCUUAUCGCAUUAUUCGGUAUCUUCCUCAGAUGCUCUAUCGGGUUCACAUCUGGACUCUGAGGAGGCCAGUUUUUUGUUGGUAUUCUGCAAAAGUCACAUCAUAGUAUUUUGAGCUGUUUGCAUGGUUUUGUUAUCUUUCUGGAAGACAUAUGUCUAUUAUAGUCCUAACUUCUUGGCACUGACAUUUAAAUUUUCUUUCAAUAUACAUCUGAUGACUGAUGCCCCCUUUAAUAAUGUGUAAUUUUCCAGAAACCCGCUGCCCUCAUGCACCCACACACCUUGACGGAACCCAUACCAUUUUUCACUGCUGGAAGGCUCUGCCGUUGAAUUCCUGUAUUCUAUUUUCGUCAUACAAUACUUGCUCCCGUUUGAAAAUACGAUUUGAUGUCAAAAAAUUUCUGUUUCAAAUCGAUGUUCCUUGUCAAACUUAAAGCCAUUUCUGACAGGGCUGUGAUGGUGUAAUGGUCAAGGAUCCUACUAGGAAAGAAGAAAUAAUUCUAUUGGUUUAUAUUCAAAUCAAUGGUUUUCUGACGGGACGGAGACGAGUGAAUCGGAUGAUUUAAAGUUUACGUAAAAUAAGAAAAGAGGGGAAACUGAUCAGAGUAGACCAACGUCUUGACAUCCCUGUCAAUUCAGUCGAGCUGUCAAGUUUCUUUUGUUUCUUUCGCAAUGUGAGUGUGGCUUGAGUUGAUUUAUAUGGUUAUGAUUUUCUAUACCAGCUACAAAAACCGUCAUCUUUUCCAGCCCCUUGGAGUAGACUGCCUUGUUUUGUAUUUCGUGAUUUGUCCGAUCUGUCAUAAAGUAAUUUCAGAAAUUCUCAACAGCUUAAAGAAUGAAGAUGUUGUUCAUGCAACUCUAUAUACAAAUUCUGGAAUGCGUUGUAACACUUCAAAACAUUUAACGCUAUAUCGAGGAUACAUUUCAACAUUUAAUGCCAUAUAUUAGAAUUUACCUAUAUUUGACAUAUCUUUGGACUUUGUGAAUCUUGAACAACGUGUGAUCUAGUGCCUCAUAUUAUUCCUACUAAUUAUUUGAACAAUUUUCAUGUUGAUCUGGAUUUGUAGAAUGGUUACUGAAUGUAUUGUUUCACUGUCGUGACUGUAAUCUCACGGCGUGAGAACAUCAACAUUUCAUACAUAUUUCAUUACCGAUUGGGAAGUUUAGUACCUUGAAAUCAAUUUCUAAUAUCUCAUCGGAAUUGCUAUUUAUUUCAAUUGUCUCAAUGAUCAAGGUCUCAAACAAAGUUCUCACAACAAUGACAACAUUUUCAACGUUAACACAAUUUUAUCAACAUACAACAACUCGACGCAACGUCUUGCCAAGCCAUGUUUUCUGUGGGACUUUUAAGAGGUCCAAGUUUCGGAUCGAACAUGUGAAAACUCUCACGAGGUUUUUAAGCGCGCUUUAAAGCUGCACUUGCAAAGUGACUAACAGCGUCGCGUCUCAAUUCUCUCUAUAUAUGCUUCAAUAUAUGGUGAUGAUCGAUGAUUAUGACGUUUGUGGCAGCAUUUAUUACUGCACACUCUAAUAAAACCGUGCACCGCUCGGUUUCGGAUUCAGCAGCAUCUUCGCAUAAGAUGCUAACAACAUGGGGUAGCAUCACUCGCCCUCGGCACAGGAUGGUUUGCUUUGCCCAAUUCCUAUGCUUCGUUAGAUAUUGAUUUUCGAAGUUGACCUAUUUUACGUAACCCCUUCAUACCCACCGUCUGAUGUUCCUAUCCUACAUACUCAUUCCAACUAACAGUU